CUUUAUCACACACACUCACACAGUCGCAUUUUCGCAUUAGAAAAAAACACAAAACAAAACAAAAGGCUGCAGUUGAGUCCCCUGAUAUUUUAUUUCCGAUUUACAAUCAACCAGCAUCGCGGAGGCCGGGAAACAAGCAUUACGGAAACCAGGAAUCCGACAAGGGGAAACACCCGCAGCCUGGCAGCACCGAGUCGGCCGACACACAGCGGACGGAAUAAUUUGCGUCUCAAUCCGCAUCCGCCGAAGCGUCUGAGAAUAGUUCCAGUGUCUGGUUUAUUGAAACACCUGCUCCAGCUUCCGCAGCUCGGCCGCAGCCAUGGUGGAGCCAAUUUUCGAGUACCAAUUUCGGAUGAUCCUCAUUGGCGACAGCACCGUGGGCAAGAGUUCGCUGCUCACGUUCUUCACAGACGGCAAGUUUGCCGAGCUCUCCGAUCCCACAGUCGGAGUGGACUUUUUUGCCCGCCUCAUCGAGAUGAAGGACGGUACACAGAUCAAACUUCAGCUAUGGGACACCGCCGGUCAGGAGCGCUUCCGGUCGAUCACAAAGUCCUAUUACCGCAACUCGGUGGGUGUCCUGCUGGUGUACGACAUAUCCAACCAUGCCAGCUUUGAGCACGUACCGCUCUGGAUGAUGGAAGCCCAGCGUCACAUUGAGCCCCAUCGACCCGUAUUCGCGCUGGUUGGCUGCAAGCUGGAUCUGAUCAAUGCCGGCGGCCACCGAGAGGUAACCACGGAGGAAGCCCAGAAGUUUGCCAAGCAGUAUGGCCUGCAUUUUGUUGAGACAUCGGCCAGAACGGGCGCCAAUGUGGAGGAGGCCUUCCGCAUGGUCACCCAGGAGGUGUACGCCCGCAUUCGGUCCGGGGAGUACAAGGCCGAGGAUGGCUGGGAUGGCAUCAAGUCGGGCUUCGCGAGGCCCAACAGUCUCGACUUUAAUCUCGUGGUGGCCGAGCCGGAGAAUUCGUCCUGUUGUUGAUUACCCCUGUCCCUGUCAAUAUCACUGUCGCUGUUCCAGUCCCUGUCCCGUCAUUCAUUACGUCUCCCCUUGUACAUUUAUGUGUACCUUAUCGGUGAGUCCAGGUCCAGGCCACAACUCUGUCCCCAUCCCCCUGCCCAUACCCACUUUGUUGACUCUUAUAAUCUUGUUUAAUGGCCUAGUUUAGCUGAAACCAAACCAACCAAAACAUUUAUACAGUACUCUUAGUUUCGCUCCUAAGUUAAUGUUAGUUAGUUGACUCACGGGAAUUGGUCAAAACACCUUUAGUUCCGAAAUUGGUUAAACAAAUUUUUUGUUUUUUGUUAGUUUAUUUUUUUUACCCCUUUGAUUGGCAGCGAGUCACACGAGAGAUACGUAGUUUCCGAGUUGCUGUGCUCCUAACUCAUACAUCGCAUAACUCUACAUAUAAAUGACCGGAAAACCUAUACUAAUACUUGAACUUGAAAUAUAAACGUUUUUAUUAAUACGAAA